AAGGAAGCUUUCUGUUAAUGGUAAAUGAAAGUCAAACUCUGAAGCAGUCUUUUUUUCACAAUGGAAUCUAGCAAACACGCAAAAGAUUAUAUGGAGGAAUUUAUUUGCCCAGUUUGCCUUGAAGUUUUGAAUGUUCCAGUGACACUAUUGUGUGGGCACAAUUUCUGCAAGGCUUGUAUUGACAGUGUUUGGAACAGUAAGAAGCAACCUUCCUGUCCAGAGUGCAGAGAGGAAUACGCAACCAGGAAAUAUGCACUGAACAGACUACUAGCAAAUGCAAUUAAAAGGGUUCAAAUACAGUGUCAAAAAGAAGAAGGAUCUAACACAUGUCAGAAAGACCAGCUCUGUACUGAACAUAAAAUAAGGCUUGAGUUGUUCUGUGAAGAGGAUGAAUGUUUGGUUUGCUCACUGUGUGUUCCAGAACAUCCUGGUCACACCUUCUUUACAGUGCAGAAAGCAUUCAACAUAUACAAGGACAACCUGACAACAUCUCUGUCUCACCAGCAGUCAGGUCUAAAGCAUCUUAAAGAAAUAAAGUGCCAGCAGGAAAUGAAGAUAUCAGAAAUCACAGCACAUGCUAGAAGUUUACAGUUGCAUGUAACAUCAGAAUUUGCCAAGCUUCGCGGGUUUCUCCAGGAGAAGGAAGACAAUCUGGUCCAACAGCUGAAGGUGGAAGAAACAAGAAUUCUGAAAGAGAUGGAGGAAAACCUGAGAAAAAUUAAAGAAGAUAUUAAUACUGUUCAAGAAUCAGUCUCUAAUAUUCAGUUACAGUUGCAGCAACAGGACUCACUGACUUUUCUAAAGGAAAUCAAGUCAUUUACACUGAGUCUCUUAAAAGACCAGAAAGAGAGUGAUGUUCCAAAUAUCGUUGCCCAAGAAAUGAGUCUUGGGGUCUACAAAUCCCCCCUGCAGUAUGGAAUAUGGAAGGAAAUGAAGACAAUCCUUAAUCCUGGUUUGGAUAAUCUUGUAUUGGACACUAAAACAGCACACCCUGAUCUCAUUCUAUCUGAUGACCUGACCAGCAUAAAACAUGGUAACAAAAGGCAGGAACUCCCUGAAUACCCGGAGAGGUUUGAUGCAUGGCUGUCUGUGCUAGGAUCAGAGGGAUUCAUGUCAGGUAGGCACUACUGGGAGGUAGAGGUGGGAAACAAGACUUCUUGCUGUGUGGGUAUCACCAGAGAGUCCACCAGCAGGAAAGGAAACUUCAUCAUGAGCCCUGGGAAUGGAUAUUGGACUUUGUGCCUUUCCGAUUAUGAGUAUGUAGUAUGGGAUACAUCACCAAAGAAUCUCAGACUCAGGGAGAAGCCCCAGAGGAUCGGAACAUAUCUGGACUAUGAGGGAGGACAGGUGUCAUUUUAUAAUGCUGACAACAUGUCCCAUCUCUACACUUUCACUGAUACUUUCACUGAGAGACUCUAUCCUUUAUUCAACCCUUGUACUAAUGAUGGGGGUGAAAAUGCAGAACCCUUGAAGCUCUUUCACUUAAAAUUAUAGUUCGACUGAAAACGGUUGGUGUACUGACAUGGAGGAUAAAAUGUUUCUGCUGUAUGAAAAGCAUGUUUGCAAACAACACACAGAAUGAAGCAGUACAAAAAUUAAGCAGAUUUACUGUCUGACAACCUUAAGGUGAAGGGAGAAUAUUAUAGCAAUAACCCACGCAUGGGUGUGGGUAA